AACCUAGCAAUAUUCACUCUCAAAUCAUCAUAACCGUCCUCUCUCGUAUCAACUAUGGAUCCUCUGAAAAUUGAAAAUGCUGCUAAUAUUACUGUUUGUCGUCUAAGACAUGAUUUUGAUCAAAAAGAAGACUUUCGUUCCGAACAUUUCAAAGAUUCACCUGUCCUAGUUUUAUAUCCUCUCGAUGAAAGAAAAGUUCUUCGGUCUACACAUACAAGCAGUUCACAUCCCCUUGUCUGGUGCAACAACGGAGAAAACAAAGAUAAAUACUGCAAACGGGAGUCCAGGUGCAGAGUUUGCUCUUAUCUGUUAGAUGACGACAUUGGCUAUUAUUUCCUACGCGAAGACUUGGGUCAGAAGGAGCGUAUCUUUUUUCAUAAAGAGUGUAUCGAACCGAUAACAAAUAAUCCUUAUCAUCGUAAACAUCCGCUCCAAGUUCUCGUAUCUGAUUAUUUAAAGCUAAACACAAUAUGCUAUUGUUGUUGUCGUCGUAAAGAAUUGAAUUUCUAUUGCUCUAUAUGCAAUUUUUGCAUUUGUGCUAACUGUGAAGCAAAACCACCACUCCUUACGAUAGACCACAAAAAAAGGCACGAACAUAUGUUGUCUUAUUUUCCUAGAGAAGCUUCCAUUACUUGCAAUGUUUGUGCUUUGGACGAGCGAAGGUAUUUUCUAUAUAUUUGCCAUCAAUGUGAUUUUGUAGUCCAUAAAGAAUGUAUAUAUUCGCCGUGCAUCAUAAAAAUAUCUCGGCAUCAACACCGCCUAUCAUUUGCUUCAUCGUUUCUUCCUCGGAAAUGGUUUUGCGGGGUUUGUCGCAAAAAGGUUGAUGAGAACUAUGGAGGAUAUUCUUGCGUGAAAGGUUGUUAUUAUGUUUCUCAUUCUCGAUGUGCUUUACAUAAAGAUGUAUGGGAUGGAAAAGAACUCGAGGAAGAACCAGAUGAAAUAUAUAAAGAUAUUUUGCCAUUUAAAGAGAUAGCUGGUGGGAUUAUACAACAUUUUAGUCAUAAACAUCAAAUGAGACUCCACAAAUAUAUUGAUAAAAAGAUUGAGGAUAACAAACAUUGUCAAGCAUGUGCACUUCCGGUUUAUAAUUGUGAUAUUUUUAGUUGCAUGGAAUGUGAGUUCAUCCUCCAUACAGUAUGUGCAAAUCUUUCACUGCAAAAAGAACAUGUAAUACAUCCUCACGCCCUCUUCUUACAAGUGGGACAUAUGUUCAGUUGUUCAGCUUGCCAGCGUCAAAGCAAUAGUUUCACAUACAUGUGUCUAAUGACCAAUUGUAAUUUCCGUUUAGACGUAAUUUGUGCAUCCACGUCUGAGCCACUUAACCAUCAUUUUCAUCCACAUCUUUUGUUUCUACCGUCUGAUUUUGGAUCUACAAGAAUCUGUUCGAUUUGCAAAGUACGCUCACAAACCCGUUUCGAUUGUGGAAAAUGUGACUUUGUUUUGUGUUUUUACUGCGCUACUAUACCAAUGAAAUUUAGGUACAAGCAUGACGAACAUCUUCUCACUUUUUCGUAUGAACAAGAUGCGAGUAGUGAGCACUGGUGUGAUGUCUGUGAAAGAAAAAUAUAUCUCAAGAAUGGAAUUUAUAUGUGCAGUGAAUGCGACAUCACACUCCAUAUUCAAUGCUUACUUGGGAAGGAGAUGUAUAUGUUACCAGGUAAAGAGAUGAUUAUAUAUGGUGGAGAAGAAAAAGAUAUUCUUCGCAGUAAUCGUCUCACGCGAUACAUAUGCAAGAAGUGUAAUAAACGUUGUCAAAACGGAAUAGUAUACAAAAAUUCCGACGAGACAAUAUGUUGUUCUAUGGAAUGUCUAUAUCAAAUGUUUAGUUCUUAUAUUUUUAAUAAACGAUCAAUUACUUUAUGA